AUGUAUCAAAAUCCCACAGAACAUUAUGAAAGUCACGAAAAUUUUGGAACCCAGUCAGAAAUAUUAUCGGAUGAUUUUUAUAGCGUAAACCCAUCCGAUGAAGGUUUUUCCACGAUAAGAGAUAAGAAUCCUUACACAGCUGCGCCAAUGCCAACUAGUAAUGACGAUCAACAUUAUUAUACUCCACAAUUUAUCGGUCAUACCAACCCUUCAGUUAAUUCAAUUAAUUCGCCUAGCGUGACUAAUGGUAGCUCUUCCCAAAUACAAACGGUUGAAAUUCCCGGUUAUAAAAUUAUCAUAAUCCCCACACCCUCUCCAUUAGCAAGUUCAAACAAUUUAGAUAUGCAUCAACUUCAACAAGGAAAUACUUAUUUGAAUUCUUCCUCUUAUUCGGUUAAUCCACCACAAUUAAGUCGAGAUCAAAACUAUAUUGCUAGUUCAGCUAAAGAACAAGGUUGGAGAGCCAGAAGCGCAUUCAAAUUACUUCAAAUUGAUGAAGAAUUUAAUAUAUUUGAAGGAGUUCAAAGGGCAGUUGACUUAUGUGCUGCUCCCGGUAGCUGGUCUCAAGUUUUAACAAAAAAAUUAAGUGAAAAUAAUUCUAAGGAGUCACCACUUCCAAAGAUUGUCGCAGUUGACUUACAAGCAAUGGCACCUCUCGAAGGAGUUAUUCAAAUUCAAGGCGAUAUCACCAAAUUAUCAACAGCAGAACAAAUUAUUUCAUAUUUUGAGGGAGAAUUAGCAGAUCUCGUAGUAUGCGAUGGCGCACCGGACGUAACUGGACUUCAUGAUAUGGAUGAAUAUAUUCAAGCCCAAUUAUUAUUAUCAGCAUUAAAUAUUACGACACAUAUCUUACAUCCAGGGGGAACUUUUAUAGCAAAAAUUUUUCGUGGUAAAGAUGUCACUUUAUUAUAUUCUCAACUUAAAAUUUUCUUUCCAACCGUCACUUGUAGUAAACCUAGAAGUUCAAGAAAUUCAAGUAUAGAAGCGUUUAUCGUAUGUCAAAAUUAUACGCCCCCAAAAGAUUAUGUUCCAACAAUGAUCAAUCCUUUACUCGAUUUAUCUUAUGGAAGACAAAAUAACCUCUUGGGGCCAAAUCGUGUGAUAGUUCCGUUUAUCGCGUGUGGUGAUCUCAGGUAA